AUGAAGCAAUCUUCUAUGGUCCAUUCUUGUUCGAUGCUAUUUCGUUUUGUUGUCUUUCUCAUAUCCUUUUGUAUCUUCUUUGCGACAACGUCCCAUGCCCAAGUAGUCCACCGACGGCUCUGGCCGUGGCCAUCAAUACCUUGGCCAUCAAUGCCUUGGCCGUAUCCAUGGCCAAUGGAACCACCAGAAUCUGGCCCACCACCAGGCCCAUCACCAAAUCCUGGUCCACCAUCUGGCCCAUCUCCACGCCCACCAUUACCACCUAAGCCGCAACCAAAGCCAUCACCAGCGCCUGGUCCAUCGGCAUGUCCACCAAUACCACCUAAGCCUCAACCAAAACCACCACCAGCCCCUGGUCCAUCUCAAUGCCCACCACCUAAGCCGCAACCAAAGCCACCACCACCGCCUGGUCCAUCGGCAUGUCCACCUAAGCCUCAACCAAAGCCACCACCACCGCCUGGUCCAUCGGCAUGUCCACCAAUACCACCUAAGCCUCAGCCAAAGCCACCACCAGCACCUGCCCCAACUCCAUGCCCACCUCAACCACCAAAGCCGCAACCAAAGCCACCACCAACACCUGCUCCAUCACCAAAGCCAGGCCCAUCACCGCCACCACCGCCACCACCUAGUCCAGCUCCGAAACCUGUACCACCACCUGCCCCGUCGCCAAAACCUAGCCCACCUGCUCCAUCGCCAAAACCAAAACCUAGCCCACCUGCCCCAUUACCACCUAAGCCAGAAAACAAAACUAUACCGGCCGUGUUUUUCUUCGGGGAUUCGAUAUUUGACACAGGGAAUAACAAUAAUUUAAAGUCAAAGAUAAAAAGUAACUAUCGUCCCUAUGGUAUGGAUUUUCCUUCCAGAGUAGCCACCGGUAGAUUCAGCAACGGAAAGGUCGCUUCUGAUUAUAUAUCUACAUAUUUGGGAGUAAAAGAAAUAGUACCCGCAUAUUUAGACCAGAAGCUACAACAAAACCAAUUACAACGAAGCGAUCUACUUACGGGCGUCUCUUUUGCUUCGGGUGGUGCUGGCUUCGAUCCUGAAACAUCUGAAUCAGUGGAGGUUAUACCAAUGUUGGACCAAUUGUCAUAUUUUCAAGACUACAUAAAGAGAGUAAAGAAGCUAGUAGGAAAAAAAGAGGCUAAACGAAUAGUGUCCAAAGGAGUAGCCAUUGUGGUCGCAGGAGGCACCGAUCUGAUUUAUACAUAUUUUGGAAUUGGUGCUCAACACCUUAAAACUGACAUCGACUCUUACACCACCAGCAUGGCUGACUCUGCUGCCAGUUUCGUUUUGCAACUGUAUGGAUAUGGAGCAAGACGUAUAGGAGUGAUCGGAACACCACCGCUUGGUUGUACACCAUCACAAAGGGUAAAGGACAAAAAAAUUUGUGAUGAAGAGAUAAAUUAUGCUGCUCAGCUUUUUAAUUCUAAGCUCGCUAUUAUUUUGAGUCAACUGUCGGAAACCCUACGAAAUUCUACAUUGGUUUACAUGGACAUCUACUCUAUCUUCAGUAAAAUUCUAGAAAGCCCUGCGCACUAUGGAUUUGAGGAGGUAAAGAAACCGUGCUGCAAAAUCGGAUUAACGGGAGGAGGUGUAUUCUGCAAAAAGAAGACAUCAAAAAUUUGUCCCAAUACAUCGUCUUAUUUGUUCUGGGACGGUGCCCACCCCACUGAGAGAGCUUUUGAAACCUUAAACAAAAAACUUGUUAAAAAAUACCUCCGUUAUAUCUGA